UCAGGUGCGAAAGAAGCACAGAUUUGUUUAUAUAGGAAGAAAGUGUUGGGGAACUUGUCGUCGAUUUUGUGGGCGAUGUACGCCUUGAUCUUUGUCGUUGUCAUACUGGUGAUAGUUUACUGUUACGCCUCGGUGCACUACAGCGCGUACGGCAGGGCCAUCAACAAGUUUCCAGGACCCGCGCCCUUGCCCAUUGUGGGCAACAGCUGGAAUUUCGCCACUUGUUCGAACGCGGACACCUAUGACAAGCUUCAGAGUUUCCAAGAUGCCUACUACCCGGUGGUGCGGUUGUGGGCUUGGAUGUCGGAGGCCCUCCUUUUCAUACGACAUCCAGACGACAUCAAGACGAUUUUGACAUCAAGAACGAACUUGGACAAGUCCGAUGUGGCCUACCAGACAGCGAGAUGGGCCUUCAAUAAUAACGGGAUACUUUUCAGCCAUGCCAAAACGUGGAAAGGACGACGCCGCAUGCUAAACAACGCGUUCACGCCGAAUCUGAUCAAGCUUUACAGCAGAAUAAGCGACGCACAGUGGUCUGAAAAGUUAAAAAAACCACUGUGCGACGAGCACACGAUUGAAUUCAUCGAGCAGCUCAAAAACAAAUCCGACGUUGACAACGUUAUUGAGCUCUAUCACCAGCUCGUGUUGUCGUCCAGUAGCGAAGCGAUGAUGGGCGUGAAACUAGCGAAUCUGGAUCAGGAUCUGGCCAAGCGCUACAUUCAAGCCCUCGACGAAAUGGGCCAUCUGGUUAUGCACCUGGUGGUCCGCCCGUACAUACCCUACUGGAUGGUGCCGUAUCUGCCAAUCGGACGUCGACUUAAAGUCAGCAGCGAGUCGUUACACGGUUUCUUCGACAUGGUGGUGAACGAGCGCAGGCGCUACCUCGAGCGAGUCGGCUACGAGCACAUAAAGACGGUGGCCGACGAAUACGACGACGUGACGGACGGUUGGCCGAGCCAGGCUAGCGACCGACGUCGCCUGGCGCUGCUGGAUCUGCUGCUGCAGCUCGAGUCCGAGGGCCGGAUCGACGAGAAGGGUGUGCUGGACGAGCUCGAGGACAUCAUCUCGGCGGCCUACGACACCACCGGUUACGCACUGUCCUAUCUCACGGUGCUGAUGGGUGAGCAUCCGGAGAUACAGGAGCGGGCCAGGCGUGAGGUGCAGCUCAUAAUGGAGGAGUGUGGGGGAAAUCUGACCUCGAACGAGCUUCAGAGGAUGGAGUAUCUCGACUGCUGCUGCAAGGAGUCCCUGAGAAUAUUUCCGACGGCCCCGGUAAUCGGUAGGCGCCUCGUCGAGGACAUCACGCUCGAAAGCGGCCACAAAGUGCCAGCGGGCACCGACAUCGUAAUCCUCUUCCAGACAAUCCACAUGGACCCAAAGUACUGGCCGGACCCGGCUAAAUUCGAUCCGGACAGAUUUCUGCCGGAGAACAUCAAGGAUCAACAUCCCUACGCGUACAUGCCUUUCAGCUCGGGCGCUCGAAGCUGCCUUGGACGCAAUUUCGCCAGCCUGAAUUCGAAAUCCGUCAUGGCCAGGAUAUUAAACGACUUCAGAAUUGAGGCCGUGACGAGAUCGAAGGAUCUCAGGUUUCAUCUGAAUGUCGCCCUCGAGCCGAAUAUUCCAAUUGCCGCGAAAUUCAUCAAGAUUGACAGAAAGUGAUAUACAAAACCCAGAGGUUGGAAAGAACGAGAGAAAAGCCUGGAAUUUGAUUCAAAUUUUUUACGCUCACUGUACAAAAACCACGUACAAUGCAGUCACAUAUACGUGGUUUUUAAAGCAACAAUAAACAAAGACCAUUUAAUUUUAUCGUUACAUUUGAACGUGCAAUGUUUUAAUACUAAUUUAGUUAUUAAGCUACUCGUACAAAAAAUUUUAUGACAAUUCAGUCAAAUUUUAAACUCAGUCCUUACCGCUAGAUGGCGAGUACCUUACUCUGUAAAUGUGAAAGUGACAAAGUAAAAAAAUUGUCUAAAUAGAAACAUGAUUUAAAAAUGCCUCGCCACAUAAUUUGCAUUCAAACUGUCGCAGAUAUCUUUCUCGUGUCGAAAGAUUCGUGCCCACAUCCAAACACCCAACACAUACACGGACACACAUACAUACCCCUAUAUAUUCAUUCACACAU